AUGGCGCCGGCCGUGUCCAUGUUGGCAGCUGGUAAUCAUGUGGUCAUCAAGCCCCCCGAGCUUGUGCCAAACGUUUCUGCGGCCGUGCGUCGACUCUGUAGGUACUUGAGCGGCUACGUAUGGGUAGAGGAAGGGGGCAAGGUGGUUGAAAGGUUGAUCUCCGAGCGCGCAGAUCACCUAGUAUUUACAGGCGGCGGUGAAAUCGCGAAGAUUGUUGCUGCUCGCUGCGGUCAGGUGUUGACCCCUGUGACCCUUGAGCUUGGCGGCAAAAGCCCUGCAUUUGUAGAUGAAGGGUUGGAUGAGGAGAUGCUGCGCAGCAUCGUGCAAGAGAUCUUUGAGACGAAGGUCUACAAAACGGGGCAGUUUUGUUGUGCCCAUGACUAUGUCUUGAUCCACGACUCGAUUUUCUCUGAGUUUUGCCACGUGUUCAAGGCCAUGGUGGAAGACCUUGGCUCCAGGCGCAACGUGCAGAUGCUGGGGCAAAAGCAGUACGAGACAAUGCGUCGUUUAAUCAAAGACUGCCAAGCUGAGCUGAUUCCCCCGAUGGGUGGUGAAUUCGACUUUCACGACGAGGCGAUGUCAGUGCCAAUGACGGGGAUUAUCUCUCCUUCGCGAGAGCGAGCAGUCUUCCAGCAAGAAAUCUUCGGACCGCUGCUCCCCAUCGUGCGUGUCCGGGACGUGAAGGAGGCUAUCAGGAUCAUCAACCAAGUUGCUGCGAAACCGCUGAUCGCUUACUGUUACACGAAGGACAGGUCGCGACAGUUGGAAUUCAUCAACCACGUGCCUGCGGGCAAUAUCGCCGUGAACGGAGGGCCAAUGCGCCUGAUCUCCAACUACGCAGCGAGCAUUGGUGGAACAGGACCAAGUGGCACAGGCGCCAGCUUCUGGGGACGGGACGGCCUGAAAGAGUUCUCGAACCGAAAACAUGUGCGCUCCUGA